AUGUACCUUUCUCUUUUGUCGUUUUUCCUUGUUUUCUUUUAUAUUAUAUUUUUGAAUCCUAUAUUAUCUAAAAAGGUAUAUUUAAAUAAUAAUAUUUUGUAUAUUAGUAGUUUGAAAAAGUUAUGUUUAGGGAAAUGCAAGAAGAGGUCAUAUAGUAUAAUAGUUCAUUCUAAUAAUAAUAAUAAUAAUCAUAAUAAUAAUAAUAAUUAUGAGGGCGACCCUCAAAAUUGGAAGGAACAAGAUUUAAAAAUUACAAAUUUUGAAAAGGAAGAUAUUAAGAUUAAUAAACAUUUAAAUGUGAAUAUUUUUCGUACAGAGAAAAAUACAUCUAUAUAUGAUGAGGGAUUGUGUAUAUAUAAUAUACUUAAAGAUAUUGAAAUUAAGGAUGUAAAAAGGGUACCUUGUUUUGAUCCCAAUUUAGCUGACAUAACAAUAGAACAGACUAAAAAUAAUAAUAAUAAUAAUAACAAUAGUAGUGGUAGUAGUAGUAGUAGUAGUAGUAGUAGUAGUAGUAGUAGUAGUAAUAUAGGAGUGAAAAAGAACGAAUCGGGUGAUGAUAUAUAUACACUAAGAUCAAAUAAAAAAAAUAGUUACUUAGAAAAUACAUUAAUAUAUAAAGAUACUAAUUAUGAAUUGCCAUACGUUUUAAAUUAUUAUCCAGAUGAUAUGUUUAUUUUUAAUUUCGAUGGGGUUAUAAAUUUAAAUAAGCAAGAAAAAAUUGUAGUUGCAUUCUUAACUUUUUUAAAAAUAUUUAAUCAACCUUUUGUUUUUAAUAAUAAGAAGGUAAACAAUCUAAUGCUGUAUGAAUUUCUUGAGAAAGAGGCAAAUCAUAUCUUCCAAGAUAAAGAUCAAACGGUUCAAAAUAAUGAUAACUCAAAUAUAUGUAACAAUAAUAAUGAGGGGGAUGGGGAGAGAGACCCGUUUAUAUUGCAUAAACUUAUGCCGAAAUUUUUUUAUACCAGACUUCUUCAUAUUUAUAAAUAUUUAAAAAGAAACGAAGAUCUUGUUAUAGUAAUUAAAUAUAUAUAUGAUGAAAUAAAUAAUAUUUGUGUAAAAUAUAAUUAUGAUAUAAAUGAACUAAUAACAUUAUCAAAUGAAAAAAAUGUUCUAGCGAAAAAAUUAAAUGAAAUUAAAAAUUGUAAAAUAGGAACAAAACAAAAUGGAAAAUAUGAUAAUAAUGAAAAUAAUAAUAAUAAUGAAAAUAAUAAUAAUAAUGAAAAUAAUAAUAAUAAUAAUGAAAAUAAUAAUAAUAAUAAUGAAAAUAAUAAUAGUAAUAAUGAAAAUAAUAAUAGUAAUAAUGAAAAUAAUAAUAGUAAUAAUAAUAAGCAUUGUGAUAAUGUUAAUAGUUAUGAGGUGGUUAAAGAAUUAACUAUGGGAACUUUUAAUCCGAACAUAAUUUAUAAAUAUAAAAAUAUCGAAAACUUAUUUAAUAUAUUUCCAUGUUUUCGUGCUGAGUUUGAAGACUUUUAUAUAAAUAAUAUAUAUUUAAAAUUAUAUGAAAAAUACAAAUUGGAUUAUAAAUUUGUACAUAAUGAAUUUAAUAAAAUUAGAAAUAAUUUAAUGAAUACACAUAAAAAUGCAUAUCUAAAUUUAAUAAAAUAUAGAUAUAUAUGUAACAAUUUAAAUGAUGAAGAAAGAAAAAAUCAUGAAACUUUUAAUUUUACUUGUAUAGAUAUUAUAAAUCAUAAUAUUAAUAUUUUUAAAAAACCUAUAUAUAUAAUAUCUACUACGGAAUAUUAUGAUUUUAUUAAAUAUACAUUAAAUAUAUUUGGAUUACAUAUCGAAAGACAAGAAGAUGAUAAUUUGCUACGUAUUUUUGGAUAUGAUACUUUAUAUCCAUCUCAUACGAAUUAUUCAAAUAAAUAUAAUAAAAUCAUAUUUCAACUACGUAAUCUUUUUAAAACAGAUUAUUUUAAUAAUGAACAUAAAAAAAAUAAUAAAAAAGAUGAUUAUAUUUAUGAUAAAUAUAAUAUUGAUAUAAAUUAUUUAAACUAUUUUAAUAAAACAAAGCAAAAAGAUUAUUAUUUUAAAAAUAACAUGAAUUAUAUGAAUAUACUAAAAGAAAAAUGUGAUUUAAUUAAUAUUAUUAUCAAAUCAUUUCAUGAAGAUACCAAUUCUAUGAUACAUAUCGUCGAUCAUAAAUAUGAUGAUUUAAAUGCUUUAAGUAAUGAUUCAAGAAUUUCUAAAAAUAUCAGAUUAUACUUUUGUGAAUGGGGAUAUAAUACAUUCGAAGAAAAACAAAAAGCCCUAUUUCAUGAUAAAAUUAAAACAUUUCAAAUGUCUUAUAAAUUAAUAUUUUUGUCUUGUACCCUUCAAAAUUCUCCUAGAAGAAAACAUACACAUGGAAAAGGAUUAGAAACUGAUUUUUAUUCAAAAUUUAUGCACAAAUAUUGUUUACAAAAUAAUUUGUUAUCAAAAGUGGAUAUGUAUAACGAGCCUAUACAAGAGUGA